UUUUGGAGCGCAAGCGAUAGCGGAGGUGACGCAGCCCGGUGCGGUGAAUGCACAAAGUAAAUGUAUAGAAAAUGUAACUAUGUCGAUUGUACGGGCUGACGCUCGCUCUUGGGAUAGCAUAGCCUUUCACCGCCACGUCGCUUGUCGCUCCGCGAAUCGCUCGUAGCUUGACGAUAAUACUAAUAAAGCCGUGUUUCAUGCGAAAUCGUGAAUAUCUCUAUAUUUUCAUUUGUUUUGACAAUUUUUAGAAAUGAUGAAUCCGCAUCCACAUCCACCACCGCUACAACAUCCCCAAAUUCAGCAAAUUCCUCAUCAUCAGCAAGUUUUACCACCACCACAACAACAACAAAUACCUCAACAACAAUUACCACAACAACAAGUACCACAACAAAUACAACAACAGCAGCCAAAUCGAGGUUACUCUCUCAUGAUGGCAUUGGUUAAAAACAGUAAAUACUUCGAUUCAGAACGUUUGCAGGCUAUGCAAGAUACUCCAGGCUUACCCAAGCUCAAAAGAUCUAGGAAAAAAAUACGUGAUACGUCAACUUGGGAAAUAAAUAAGGUGAAGAAAGCUAGAGAACAAGGUAAGCCUUAUUUGACCCAGAAACGGAUAAAAGGCGUAAAAGUAGGUUAUGAAGAAAGAAAGAAGAGGGUCAUGGGCCCGGCCUGCAUGUCACGUGUGUGCCACAAAAGCUCAAAGAGAAAAUGUGACCAGUUAGAUGAUGAGUCCCGACAGGAAUGCUUUGACAGCUUUUGGUCUGAAAUGACUUGGGCCCAAAGAAAAGCAUACAUUAGUGCUUUAGUAAACAUAUAUUAUACAAGAACUACAACUGUACCGAACGGUGAGUCUCGGAGACACAGAACUAUUAAAUAUUCACUGAAGAUAAACAAUCAGCACUGGCCGGUUUGCAAAAAGAUGUUCUUAAACACCCUCGGUCUCGGGGAAAAAACAGUUUUGGGCUGGAUCGAGAAAGCCAAUGAACAUGGUGUUGUUUCUACGCCGGUUCGAAAAAAUAACAAAGAAAGAUAUAAUAGAGAAAAGUUGAUACAUGUUGAAACAUAUUUAAAGAAUUUGCCCAAACUGCCCUCGCACUACUUUCAUGGUAAAUCUGAAAAAGAAUACCUUGACAUUAACUUCAAUUCAGGUAAAGAGGUGUAUUUAGGAUAUAAAAUGUAUUUGGCGAAAGAAGGAAUUAAGGACAAAGAAAUAUCCUAUCCCUGUUUCCUGAGAAAAAUGAAUGCGUUGAAUAUUGCUCUGUUCUCACCAAAGAAGAAAGUUCCUCCAAACAAAAACAGUGCAAAACCCAUUUUCAGACAGGAACAAACGUAAAAGACAGAAACAUUGUUAAACAUUUGGCAGUGCCCUGUUUCAGUGAAAAAGUGCUUUUGUAUUCUUCAAUAUAGGCAUAUUCUGCUUUGUUGGCAUAUUAAUGUGAUAUUGGUUCAAUGUGUGAUCAAUUUGGACCAUGGAAGUGAUAAAAAAUCCUUCAAUAUGAAAUAUUUGAAUAUAAAAAGAUAGUCUCAAGUUCACACAGGGGUGGAUUAAUAUCAGAGGCAAUGUAGGCAACUAUCCAAGCUUGCCGUCUUCCUAUAUGUCCUUCCUGCCUGGACUGGACAGGAAACCUAGGACUUUCUUUGCCUCUAAACUCUAAACUUCUAUUUGGCAAAGUCACUCCUAGUUUUGUAUAGGUACUACAAGUGUAUAGCUCUCUUUCAAGUUAUAAAAAUCAAUGUUAUUUUCUCAAUGCUAAUACACAACUGUUUAUGUGGCAUACUAAACUUUAAGUUAUAAUAUCACAUUAAAUAUAAUCAAAACUAUAUUUGUAAGGUGGUAAUUAUGAUAGGGAAAUCCUUGUGGUAGCUAUAUAUUUGCUAUGUAAUCAGGCAUAAUAUGUGUAGUCAUCCAAAUUUUAAUGUAUCACACAUGUUAUUUGUAUAUAGUUUGGCUGGUCCAAUUUAUUGGUAACAUUAGAAACAAAAUGCCUAUUAUAAGAAACAGUAUGAAUCUCUGCCUUUUCUCCAAGGAUAAAUUCUUGGCUAAACCAGGCGUGGCUCACUCUGCGAUUUCAUCGCUUUGUUACAGGUAGCUAAAAGUACAUCCGUUCCACCCCAAUUUUGGGGAAAGCCAUAAGCCGCGCGUGGCGCUGUCGCCACCUAGCGGCCAUAUCUGUGCUGAUCAUAACAGACGCGUUUUGGAGAGUGAGUCUUCUGUACCUAGUACUAUUAUUUAUUCUGUGGCUAAACUGUAGAAAUUGUAGAGGCUUGAAGUAUGUUAUGUGUCACUGUUUUAGUUUGGAUGGCAAUAUCAUAUAAAAUGUAUGUUACAUUACGAGUAGAUUUUACCCAAUAUUGACCAUUUUACUUCAACAUUUAACGCCCAAUUUAGCCCUUACAGUAGUUUAUGCUUUAUAGGUAUUGAAUUAGAUUUAAGAUUAUUUAUUGUUCAAAAAUAAGUAUUUAGAACAUUUACUUAUAAGACAAGAUCAUGAUUUACUGUAUAUUGCCAUAGGAUUUUCUUUACUCUAUGUAAAUGUUAAAAACAUUUGAAAAAAAAUGAGAUCUAUGAUUUCAACUAUUUUAUGUUUUAAUACACAUUUGUCUAAAAUGAUUUGUGUUGUUAUGUUUUAUAAUUUUAAAUUCUGAGACUGAUUAAAUUUCUAUUUUGACUUGUGAAAGUA